AUGUCAAUUGACCAAACGCUAGCUUCUGCCAUCCUCAACCUUUCUCUUUCCAAAAAUCAUCAACUACUUUGUGCCCGAACCUGCCAUCUUAAAUCGCUCAACGCGCUUGUGCUUCUCAUCCUCAUUCCUGCCCAUACCACAUCUCUUGUUAAUGUCGCUGACAUCGCCCUCGGAAUCCAGGUCGACAGAUCUUUUCUUCUAACAAUCAACUUGUUCAGCACAUCCUCGAACAUGGAUCCAUCGAUCUGUGCGCCUGGGGUCCCUCGCCGAGGCGAGGUCACUGAGCGCGACGGCUUCAUCAAGGACGUAAACGAUCUUUGUGCACUUGUCAAUCAAGGGAUCGAACACAUCCCCGACUUUCCACGCGAUCACACUCCCACCAUCCUAAGUCUCUGGGCUGCUUCGGGUGACGAACAAAGGAUGAAGAACGCCGGAAUUGAUAUGGCUCAGACCUUCUGGAGGAUGGUUGACAUUCAACCCAUCGCCAGACAACUGAGACCUAACGGUGUCCUGGCUUCUAAGCCAGCAGGGUCUUAUCACAAACUCAUCGAAGCCUCCCGCGAGUUUGGCUUAAGAAUGACCACGCAAAGCGAAUUAGACCAAGUUGCCGUUGGUGCUGGACAGCACUUCGUUCGCACAGAGUCUUUCCCAGUCCAGCACAACGCACAGGACGACGCGUUCAACACUGUCAAACUGACAGUCAUUAUGAUCAAGGAAGGUUCCCUGGUUUGGCCACCCAAGGGCCCUAAUGUUCGUAUCUUCGCCGUUGACUUGCACCCUGUGAGAGGCAGCAAAUACCCUCACUACAUUUCUGAGUGGGGAUUUGCUUACAUCGACACCGACACCAUUCGUGCUCAUCCUGAUGACUGGCACUUGUACAUCACCACCGGCCAUGCUGUCGUACAUGAACACUAUGACCACCACCCCGACUUUCCCACUUGCAGAAACAUGAACAUCAACGACGGCCGUAGAGCCAGCUACCCACGCAACAACACGUCUUCAGGUCCCAGUGGCACCAAAAAAGAGCUCAGGAUCUUCGAUGAGCAAGGUACGAGACUUGAAGUCUACAUGUCGCCAGACACAGAGAUAAUCCGCAAACGUGCAUGUUGUGCAUGGUUAUUGCGCAACAUCCCCAAGAUGGCUGCAUCUCGCCAGGGUUCACAAACCUGA